GGUCUCCUGUGCUGCAGCACUGCUGGCACUUGAGUCUAACUCCCUUCAGCCUGAACUUGCUUUGUAUUACAAAGGCCAUCUAUCCUGAUCAAGUUGCCUUGCAGGGACACUGACUGUUAUUUCCGUGUGGCUCUUUCUCUCCCUUGCAAAAAAGAAAAGGAAGGAAAACCUACCUCUCUACUUCUGGCUCCUGUACAUGUGGUGGACAGAAAAAAAAGGCCCUGCUCUGCCUUCAAAAGCAGUCCAGAAAAAUGGCUGCAGAAGAUGAGAAAAAUGCAAACCUUCUCCAGGAAGUUUGGAAGAGAGAAGAAAACGCCAUGUGUGCAGAUUGUGGACAGCCUGAUCCUAGCUGGGUCUCCUGUACUUUGGGUGUCUUCAUCUGCUUUGAAUGCUCAGAAAUACACCACAAGAUCCCUAACAUAAGUGAAGUGAAGUCAAUAAGGAAGGAUCACUGGGAGGAAAGCCAGGUGCAGUUUCUAGCCCAGCAUGGGAAUGCACUGGUCAAAGCAACAUAUGAGGCUCAUGUUCCUGUUUAUUAUUACCGCCCAGCUUACAGCGACAGCCAAGUCCUGAGAGAGCAGUGGAUACGAGCCAAGUAUGAACGGAAGGAAUUCCUGGAGCCAAAGAAAGAACUUCUUUAUUCCAAUGGACUGAAGGAUGGGAUCCUGUGGAAACGAGGCCGAGAUAAUGGGCUGUAUCAGCCACGCAGGUUUCUUCUGUCUGAGAAAGAGAGAAGUCUCAAAUAUUUCAUCAAACUGGAUGCAAAAGAACCCAAAAUGGAAGUUAAAAUUGACACUGUCAAUGCCAUGUUCCAGCCAGAGAAGAUGAGGCAUUCCAAUGGCUUGCAGAUCACUUACGUUAAACAUAACAAAACUCGCAACAUCUUUGUUUAUCAUGAGAAUGGGAAGGAAAUUGUGGACUGGCUCAAUACAAUCCGUGCUGUAAAAUUCCAGCACCUGAAAGUUGCCUUUCCUGGUGCUAGUGAUGAAGAGCUGAAAACCCGGCUGACACAGAAUUUCCUGAGAGAAGGUUAUAUGGAAAAAACUGGACCCAAGCAGAAAGAGUGUUUCAAGAAGCGCUGGUUCAGUUUGGAUCACCGAAGGCUGAUGUACUUCAAAGAUCCUUUGGAUGCUUUUGCUAAAGGUGAGGUUUUCCUGGGCAGUGAGGAACAAGGGUAUACUGUCAUGAAAGGAUUGCCAUGUGCCAUGCAGGGUAGGUUCACCUGGAAACAUGGCAUAAUUAUUGUAACUCCUGAUCGCAAGUACAUCUUCACCUGUGAGACUGAGAAAGAUCAGGAGGAAUGGAAAGCUGUCUUCAGCCACGUGAUGGAGCAGCCCAUGACACCCCAGGAAUAUGCAGUUGAAGCUAAUUUCAAGCUCAAACAUUAACAUCUCUGAGGAUGACGAUACCAAUGUGAGACCCAGCCAGUUUUCUGCUGCCAAUAUCUUCACCGGCUUCCUAUCCAAAUGACAUGAAAAUUUUAGGUAUUCUAUGAUGCCCCAAUCAGAAGUUGCAAGACAUAUUCAGACCACAUGCCAUCCUCUAUUCCCCGCUAUGGGGUUAUUAAAGCUCCUCAGAAUUGCUUCAUUAAAAUUUUGUGGCAAAAUG